UCUUUGAUUUAUUUUCCUUUUUUUUUUUUCUCUUUUUUUUUUUCUUUUUUUUUCUUCUUCUUUCAUCUUCUUCAUACUUGAUUUUGAACCCUAGCUGAAGGGGAAAAAAAUCACAACUUUUUCUCGGGGAAACAAACAGAUAUUUUUAUCUAUCGCAGUGAGAAAGAAGCCACAAAAGAAAAAAAAAUGCAGAAUCAAAGGCUGAAGCUGCAGCAGCAACAACAUCAACAAGCUAUGAUUCAGCAAGCUAUGAUGCAACAACAACAUCCUUCUCUUUAUCAUCCUGGUGUUAUGCCUCCUCCUCAGAUGGAGCCUUUGCCAAGUGGAAACCUUCCUCCUGGUUUUGAUCCCAGUACUUGCCGUAGUGUGUAUGCUGGCAACAUUCACACGCAGGUCACGGAGGCUCUUCUUCAAGAGAUUUUUGCAGGCGCUGGUCCUAUUGAAAGCUGUAAACUCAUCAGAAAGGAUAAGUCAUCAUAUGGAUUUGUUCACUACUUCGAUCGUAGAUUUGCUGCUAUGGCUAUAAUGACUCUUAACGGACGGCAUAUAUUUGGACAGCCUAUGAAAGUUAAUUGGGCGUAUGCAACUGGUCAGAGGGAAGAUACAUCAAGCCAUUUCAACAUUUUUGUUGGAGAUCUCAGUCCAGAGGUUACUGAUGCAGCAUUGUUUGAUAGCUUUGCUGCCUUCAAUAGCUGCUCGGAUGCAAGAGUAAUGUGGGACCAGAAAACUGGACGCUCAAGGGGCUUUGGGUUUGUUUCCUUCCGUAAUCAGCAGGAUGCUCAAACUGCCAUAAAUGAGAUGAAUGGUAAAUGGUUAAGUAGCAGACAGAUCAGAUGCAACUGGGCGACAAAAGGUGCUACUUUUGGCGAAGACAAGCAUAGCUCUGAUGGAAAAAGUGUUGUGGAACUUACAAAUGGCUCUUCAGAGGAUGGUAGAGAGCUCGCAAAUGAAGAUGCCCCUGAAAACAAUCCUCAAUAUACAACUGUCUAUGUAGGAAACCUCUCUCCAGAAGUAACUCAGCUUGAUCUACACCGUCUAUUUUAUGCACUUGGCGCUGGAGUGAUUGAAGAGGUCCGUGUCCAGCGGGACAAAGGGUUUGGUUUUGUGAGAUAUAACACUCAUGAAGAGGCUGCUCUUGCUAUUCAGAUGGGCAACGCUCAGCCUUUCCUCUUUAGCAGACAGAUAAAG